AUGGCAACCGAAGCCGACGGUGAACAGCGGGAUCGCCCUCAGCCUCUCGUCGCGUCUGAGCAUGACCGCGGGUCGACACCCGAUGCGGAGCACGCCCGGCCCCGGAAGCGCACCCGGAGAGCGUGCGACAAGUGCAGCGCCUCGAGGACUCGCUGUGACGGAGAAUAUCCCUGUCGUCGUUGCGAAGACUACGGAUACACUUGUCGUUAUAAUCGCGAAGUAAAGAAACGAGGGCGUCUGCCGGCCUCGGCUACAGCAAACCACAAGAGCAAUGGCAGCAUCAGUAAUCGGAGAGACUCAUGGGCUUCGUCGACCCGACGGGGAAGCAUCAUACGACGAGAGUCUAACAUAGGACACACCAGCAAUGGCAGCAGCAAUGGUAACGGCAUCUCGAGAGCAUCUGUCUCGUCUCCUUCAGCCAGUAUCAGCUCCAGCUCGGCUGCACGCCAUUCACUCACUGACGCUGUGGAUGUGACCACGGCCACUACUGAGGAUGAUCAGAUCACUCUGCAGGACGCUCGCCAAGAUGUCCUGCACUCCAUCAGCCAGCCUUAUCCUCAAAGUCGGCCAGCACCGCCGCUCAGCGUCCCGUCUCUCAUCCAGGUCGGAAUCCAGCCGCCGAUGCCGCCACGCUCCUCUAUAAGCAAUCCCUUAUCUGUGAAUGUUUUCGAUGGGCAAUUUGGAGACAAUGAAGUUGCCUUGUCUGACGGAAGCGUUGGCUAUCCAUCGCCAGUCGACAGACGGUCCCAUGCCGAGGCCGCCAAUGCCAGACAACACCGAGGCUCUUUCAAGUCUACUCCCAGCCAUGAACGGAACCGAGAGUCAUUCAGCACAAACAGCCACGACGCAGGAGGCUUGAUGCUGGACUUCUUCCACAAAGCGCCAAACGACGACUGCUGGUACAAGUUUCUCGAGCCAAUCCUGCCGUAUAUCCGCAACAUCAUUCCUGCCUCUGUUGCGUGCGACUUGCUGGAAAUCUUCCUGACGGAUCCCGGAAGUUCGCUUUUUCGCGUUGCUUCGCCAUAUAUUUUGACCAGAGUCUUUCGCAAAAAGUCGAUUACGCAUCCGACCAACCCUCGAUAUACCACGCCUGCAUUGCUUGCGACGAUUCUGUGGUGCGUGGCGCAAACUGCUGAUGUGAUGAUGCUGCAUGUGCCGGGGACAAGGGCAAAGAUUGUCAAUGACUUGUAUGAUUUGGCAACGUCUUUGAUCUCUGAACGUGAUCCGGAUCGAUGGCGGCGAAUCCACGGUGGUCUCAGAGCCGAAAACGAGACUCCCCAUCCGCGGAUCCCCAAUCCUGCAACAGUGCCGAAAACCACCGUAAACAAUGAACCUGCCGGUGAAAUCGACGACGUCUUGACUUUUAUCCUCCUCUCCAUUGCCGUCUCCGGCUCCGACUUCAAGUCUGACUGCUACAAGUGGUGGUCAAAGGCAACCAGACUGGCCUUUUCGCUGGGCCUCAAUCGAGAAGACGAGCAAUGCGCUGGACCCGUAACUCCUUGUGCAAAUCCUCUUUGUUCAUGCCGAAAGGAGCAGGAUGGCAGCUUGUACAAUCUGGAGCAUCGUGAGGAACGCAGGAGAGUCUUUUGGCUUCUGUACGCUCUGGAUCGGCAUCUGGCCUUGUCUUUCAACUCGGCGCUGACAAUACCUGAUUCAUACUGCGAAGUCUAUUCCCCCCUACCUGAAGCUGUUUGGGAAAAUCUCGACACCAUUCCUCCCAACGAGAUGCCCGUUCGAACCAUUGGACCACCAACAACAGCCUCUGGAUCUGCCUUUUUCGAAUAUUUCUUACCGCUCAUGGCUAUACUAGGAGACAUCAUAGAGGUUCAUCACAGGCGCCGUCACCCACGCCUUGGAGAUUUAGACGAUUCACACUCCGUGUCUGUCAUCCAAGGGCUUCUCACAACAUACGAAUUGAGUCUCGCGGCACUCUCGUCAGAAGGCAACGACAGCGGCAUCGUUCCCCUGCCCAUCCACACGCCAAGGGGCAUGGUCGCCGGCAUGCCUUCGCGAUCAUCCAUGUCCCAUCCGUAUCCUCCAUCUACAGCGCCAUACAACGCGAGUGAUCCGUCCAAGAUGCGCCUCGCCAAGGCCUACAGCACGCAUAUUCUCCAUGUGCUGCAUGUACUCCUGCACGGUAAAUGGGAUGCCAUAUCCAUGCUGGACGAUGGCGAUGACUGGAUCACAUCCAAGAGAUUCAACGAGUGCGCGUCACAUGCCAUUUCUGCGUCGCAGUCUGUUUCAACAAUUUUGACAAUCGACCCGGAGCUUACCUUUAUGUCUUAUCUGUUUGGCAUAUAUCUCCUGCAGGGAAGCUUUAUCCUUCUUCUCUUUGCGGACAGGAUGCCUCAGCUGGGGCCGAACGAGUCGGUGGCGCAGGCAUGCGAGAAUAUCAUUCGAGCGCAUGAGGUAUGCGUUGUAACGCUGAGCACGGAAUUCCAGAAAAACUUUCGAACAGUAUUACGAUCCACUCUGUAUAGCGUCCAGGGAGCGGGAACGACGAACUGGGAUGAGCAUCGUUCGAGACGAAGAGCUCUGUCUUUGUACAGAUGGACGAAAGGAGCCAAGGGUCUAGCAUUAUGA